AUCCCGACAGUGAUCCUUCCUGCUACUUGGAGAGAGAGCGCAAAUAUGAAGAGAGAGUACAUAUAUAUAUAGAGAUACAUAUAUAUAUAUAUAUUAUAUAUACAGAGAGAUGAAAUUCUCCUGAAUGCGGUUAAGAAGGCGAACGAAUCAAAAUCUGAUGGAAAUGGAAAAAGGUUCCGACUCUGUUAGAGAGAGAAAGAGCGAGUCGGGGGAUGAAUUUGGUGAGAUGGAGGGACCUAGUGAGAGAAACAGUGAGGUGAGAGAAACUAGUGACAGAGAGAUAGUCUCCUGUUCAAGCCCUAGCAAGACAGACUCCAACGCACCUCCUUCCGACGACUGUUGUCCAAUCUGUUUCGGCGACUUCACCGUUCCUUGCCGAGCUCAGUGCGGCCACUGGUACUGCGCUGGUUGCAUUUUGCAGUACUGGAACCAUGGUGCAGUGCUUCAGCCUUGUAAGUGCCCCAUGUGCUCUCGACCCAUUAAUAAGUUGACAACAGUGAUUUCAAUGCACCACCGGCAGGAAGAGGGGGUUACUGAGGUUUUGGAAAAUAUAUGGAAAUAUAACUACCUUUUCGUUGGAGGCAUACAUGGUCUCAUUCAUAAAGUACUUGUGUUACCAUUGAUCAUCAAGAGAAUGUUUCGAGAUAUGAUGGAUCCUGAUAGACCUCUUCGUCACCUUCACAAAGCACGCAUUAUUGCAGCAAAUUUUGAUUACCAUGUUACUUCUCUGCAGAUAACGCUGGGUGUCCUGUACGGUUUCUGCUCCUCUGAUUUCCUUCACAUAGGGUCUCGGAAUGCCGUAGACUUCUUCGACUCGUGUGCUUACGCUCUGGUAUUCAUCCUUUAUUUGGUUGGCCUCUGUCGCAGGCGUCGUCGUGUCCAACAUGUGAGACAGUUGGCUGCCAUCCAACAACCUUGACUGACUGCAACUGCUGUCCUCUAAACCAUUCCGUCAUGUCUCUUCAGCUUCGGAACUGAGUCUUGAAACUAUGUGAUCAUUUGGAUAGGUGGGAGUGUUAGGUUUGUGGUCCGUGUGGAUCUUUUUGUACAGUUUCAAAUCAACCUUGCAAUACUGAUGUGCUCUUGGUGGUCUUUUGUGUGCCUUCUGCUGUGUACAGCUGAAAAUGUGCAUAUGAACAAAAACAUUGGAUUUGUUCACAGAAAAUGUGCAUAUGAACCAAUAUGACCCACAAAUGUCGAUAUGCACGUAGUCUUGCUCACUGUGCUCCGGCAAUGGUAAGGACUCCCUGUUUAGUGUGGCUUGGGCUUCUGUACUCGAUCCUCAUUUUCUCGGAAUAGCUAUUAUUUGUCGUGCAUUUUCUUGCCAUACGCGAUGUUGUGUUUGAUUGUUGAGUUAGCUAAAAUCUGAACUGAGUUGAGUUUUUAAGGCAAUCGAAUUCUUAGACUCGGCCAAGAAAAUCAAUUCCAAAAAUGGAAUUUAGCCCAUUUAAAUUUUGAUUUCA